CGCUGAGUCAGACAGCAGGGUUGUGUGUCUGAAGCAAAGGCUCCAUGGAGGGGAGAUAUCGUCUCCACCAGCCGCAAUAUAGCAUUGCCUGAGAGAGAUAGAGGGGAAAAAAACAGAUUCCCUUCUUUCUCUCCCUCGUUGAGGAACAGAGGAUGAAUGGAGAAGCGAUGGACAUGUCCCUGGAGUCAUCAUCCCCGGUGGUGGAGCAAGGCACCGUCAGGGGGGCGUCAGCGGCACCAGAGCCGGCAUCCACGGCGGCAGCAGCCGGUAACGGCUCCCUGCCUCCCCCGCCCACCAUGGCUCCGGCCAUCCCGCCCUACGUCAAGCUUGGCCUCACCGUGGCCUACACCGUCUUCUACUCUCUCCUCUUUGCCUUCAUCUAUGCCCAGCUGUGGCUGGUGCUGCGCUACCGCCACAAGCGCUUCAGCUACCAGACGGCCUUCCUCUUCCUGUGUCUGCUGUGGGCCGCGCUGCGCGCACUCCUCUUCUCCUUCUACUUCCGCGACUGCGUCACGGCCAACGCGCUGGGGCCCUUCGCCUUCUGGCUGCUCUACUGCUUCCCCGUCUGCCUGCAGUUCUUCACGCUGAGCCUCAUGAACCUCUACUGCGCCCAGGUAAGGAUGGGCUCCUAGGGGCCACAUUGAGGGUCCAUUGGGGUCCAAAAUGUGGAUUACGGUUGGAUGCUAUAUGUUGUUGUUUUUUAUACCCAAUCUGUCCUUUUUUUCAGCCUCAGUGUCUAGGUAGUAGUUCAGAGUAUUAAUAUGAUGAUACAUUGAUGUGUGAGUGUUGUGUAUACAAGAAUAGCUGUGGACUGGUAUUUCCGAUAUUGUUGAAAUGGUGGCAUCCCCAAUAGGGGGGAUAUACAAUCAUAUGGGGAAAGCUCCCCUAGAAGAGGUAAGUGGUGGAAGGGGCGUGAAGGCAGUGGGGAGGAGGGGGCGGUUUAAGAAAAAUACAGAAGGGUAAAGGUAUGAAAGGAAGAUUAGCAACGUUUUCCUAAUUUAGUAAUUUAGCACAGCCACCUCAUUGUGCACACAGCAUUUGGCAAUUAUAUAUUCAUACAGCUAGUUAUUUACAAUAUAUCAUAGCAGGCGUCGUGGUGAGGUGUGUGCAAUACGGGUCAGACAAGAAGACAUGCUGCUUUUAGAUACACUGAACAAAAAUAUAAACGCAACAUGCAACAAUUUCAAAGAUUUUUCUGAGUUACAGUUCAUCGGAAAUCAGUCAAUUGAAAUACAUUCAUUAGGCCCUAAUCUAUGGAUUUCACAUGACUGGGAGUAUAGAUAUGCAUCUGUUGGUCACAAACACUUUUUUUUAAAAGGUAGGGGCGUGGAUCAGAAAACCAGUCAGUAUCUGGUGUGACCACCAUUUGCCUCAUGCAGCGCGACACAUCUCCUUUGCAUAGAGUUGACCAGGCUGUUGAUUGUGGAAUGUUGUCCCACUCCUCUCCAAUGGCUGUGUGAAGUUGCUGGAUAUUGGCGGGAACUGGAAACGCUGUCGUACACGUUGAUCCAGAGCAUCCCAAACAUGCUCAAUGGGUGACAUGUCUGGUGAGUAUGCAGGCCAUGGAAGAACUGGGACAUUUUCAGCUUCCAGGAAUUGUGUACAGAUCCUUGCGACAUGGGUCCGUCUGUACAUUAUCAUGCUGAAACAGGAGGUGAUGGAGACGGAUGAAUGGCACGACAAUGGGCCCCUGGAUCUCGUCCCGGUAUCUCUGUGCAUUCAAAUUGCCAUUGAUAAAAUGCAAUUGUGUUCAUUGUCCGUAGCUUAUGCCUGCCCAUACCAUAACCCCACUGCCACCAUGGGGCACUCUUUCCACAACGUUGACAUCAGCAAACCGCUCGCCCACAAGACGCCAUACAUGAUGCCUGCCAUCUGCCCGGUACAGUUGAAACCGGGAUUCAUCUGUGAAGAGCACACUUCUCCAACGUGCCAGUGUCCAUCGAAGGUGAGCAUUUGCCCACUGGAGUCGGUUACAACUGCAGUCAGGUCAAGACCCCGGUGAGGAUGACAAGCAUGCAGAUGAGCUUCCCUGAGACGGUUUCUGACAGUUUGUGCAGAAAUUCUUCGGUUAUGCAAACCCACAGUUUCAUCAGCUGUCCAGGUGGCUCUUUUGAGACCAUCCCACAGCUGAAGAAGCUGGAUGUGGAUGUCCUGGGCUGGUGUGGUUACACAUGGUCUGCGGUUGUGAGCCGGUUGGACGUACGGCUAAAUUCUCUGUUGUGUGACAAAACUGCACAUUUUAGAGUGACCUUUCAUUGUCCCCAGCACAAGGUGCACCUGUGUAAUGAUCAUGCUGUUUAAUUAGCUUCUUGAUAUGCCACACCUGUCAGGUGGAUGGAUUAUCUUGGCAAAGGAGAAAUGCUCACUAACAUGGAAGUAAACAAAUUUAUGCACAAAAUUCGAGAGAAAUAUGCUUUUUGUGCUAAACAUUUCUGGGAUAUUUUAUUUCAGCUCAUGAAACAUGUGACCAAGACUUUACAUGUUGCGUUUAUAUUUUUGUUCAGUAUAGAUGAAGAAUCAUUAUCAGAGGCACGUAAUUAAAUUGUAAUAGACUUAAAUAGAGGAUCUAGAGUUUUAUACUUGAUUUUAUAUAGAUUUUUCACACCAGCAGUUGUCACAAAGUGCUUUAAGGUUACCCGGCUUAAACCCCAAUUAGCGAGCAAAGCAGAAGCGAAAGAACAGGGCAGGAAAAACUCCCUAGGAGGAAGCAAACCUAAAAAGAGGAACCCGGCUCAAAGGGGUGGCCCACAAUACAGACUUGAACAGCCCUCGUCUGCAGACGCCAGCAAUCACACAUUUGCUUGACAUUCUUAUGCCCACUGCUCUGUAUAGCCAGUUAGAGACGCAAUGCUACAUCUAUUCGCAGCAUUUGUCUCCCUUCACACAUUACUAUUAAAGAUAAUACAGUAGGGCCUCGCUUGUCUGCUGUUGACAUCACGUCACUGGUUUCUUUUGAUGCAAUUACAGUAACUGAUAAGAGGUCAGUCUACAUAGUGAAAAAGGGGUCCAAUUUGUUUGAAUUUCUUCGGGAUCCCUUCAAAUGUAUCUGAUCUGGAGACAGAAUCAAUUAAUUAACUGGUUCUUCAGCUGAGCAGCCACGUUUUUGAUUGUUUGUUGUUCUUUUCUUGGGGGCAAAUUCUUAAAGACCAUUGGGAAAAUGUUCAAAGUGUUAACUUGCUUUCUGAUGUCACCCAAAACAGGUUUACUUCAAGGCAAAGUCCAAGUAUACCCCAGAGCUCCUUAAAUACAAGUAAGUAGACUGUUUCCCCCUCUCUUCCUCUCCAUAUACAGGAACCCUCACAUAUCUCAAAGGCUGUAACUAGGACCCAGAGAUUUUAUUCAUUUCAUGUGGUCUCCAGACCGUAUGUACUGCAGUGUUUUAGACCACCCCCUUUCCCUAUCUUUCCUUCUGCAGGCUCCCUCUCUACCUGGUCUUCUUGGCAGUCAGUCUUCUCUUCCUGGUGGUCAACCUGGCCUGUGCCCUGCUGGUUAAGAUGACCGCCACCGAAGUCAAGACCAUUGUCCUGGUCAGAGUCACCAUCAACGAUACGCUCUUCGUGCUCUGUGCCAUCUCGCUGUCCGUCUGCCUUUACAAGGUGGCUAAAAUGUCCCUGGCCAGCAUAUACCUCGAGUCCAAGGUAGGACCUUCAGAACUUGUAGAUCAGGGGCUGUAUGUAUCAAGCAUCUCAGAGUAGGAUUGCUGAUCCAGGAUCAGGUCUCGUCUGUCCAUGCGAUCCUAAAUCAGCACUCCUUCUCUGAGACACUUGAUACAUACAGCCCCAGACUUCCAUUAAGAUUGACUAGGUCUGCUCCAUGCUUUCCUGAACGUAGGACACAAAGUAUAAAAACAGUUAAGGUCAACUUAAAAAACAGUUAAAGUUUUCUAUUUUAUUUAAUGUCCUUGUAUUUAUUUUGGAGGUGGGAAAAUGUGUGAACUCGGUAGCACUAAACUGUGACCCCUCGUAAAUACUAAUGCUGAUUGGUAGUGCAUGACCAUGACCUCCCUCACCAUUGGUUGCAGGGAACGUCAGUGUGUCAGGUGACUUUGAUUGGCGUCCUGGUUGUUCUACUGUACGCAUCACGGGCCUGCUACAACCUGGUGGUGCUGGCUCUGACCGACAUCGAGACCGUCAACUCUUUUGACUACGACUGGUACAACGUGUCCGACCAGGUAAGGAUGACACGCUAUCCCAGGCACAGAAUGAGAGGGAGAGAGAGAGAGAGAGAGAGAGAGAAAAGAGCUACAGAGAGAGAGAAAAGAGCUACAGAGAGAGAGAGAGAGAGAGAGAUAAACACAGGCACACACCGAGACAGACAGACACAAACACACUAUAUGUGGGACAAGUCAAAUACAUUUCGCCAGACAAACACACUCGAAAACACAGUCUAACACCAACGAUCCACAAAUGAGGACCUUCUGGAGGGAUGAACACACUAAUGCACACUCUCUCUCUGUGCAGGCUGACUUGAGGUCCACUCUGGGGGAUGCUGGCUACAUCGUAUUCGGGGUGAUCCUCUUUGUCUGGGAACUGCUGCCAACCUCCCUGGUGGUCUUCUUCUUCAGGGUCCGCAGGCUGCCACAGGACAGGGUGAGUGUGUGUUCAGAUGACAAGGGAAGAGAAGCUUGGAAAUGUUUGAUUGAUUUGUAAAAUGCUUUAAUUUAACUAGUCUGCUGUUUACCAGCUAGUUAGUGGUUUAAACGGUAAAUACCUAAUAAUUGCAUUGCUCUUACACUUCGGUUUCAUUGAGAUUAAUUGACGCUAGCGUCACUAUGUAAGCCAAUACCAUUUGGUGCCAGGUAGUUACCAAUUGUGUUUAAUUCUAAGGUAAGUAGCCCCGUGUAGAUCAGUUGGUAGAGCAUGGCGCUUGCAACGCCAGGGUUGUGGGUUCGAUUCCCACGGGGGGCCAGUAUGAAAAUGUAUGCACUCAGUAACUGUAAGUCGCUCUGGAUAAGAGCGUCUGCUAAAUGACUAAAAUGUAAAUGUAAGUACUAGAAAGUGUCCAUUGUUACCACGUCGUUUCUUAGUGAAAACACCAGGUAAGUACCAGCUUAAACUGGGCUCUUAAAGAAAGCGUUACCUAUUUAUUUAGCUUAUUCGGAAUGCUCUGUCUUUGCAGAGUGGAACAGGGAUCCCGAACCACGUGCUCUCUUCCAGAGGUUACUUCUUUGACAACCCCCGUCGGUACGAUAGUGACGAUGACCUGGCGUGGAGCAUCACUCCUCAGAACAACUCCGCAAGGUACAGUACAGUGUCAAGACGGGGAUAGGUUACUUCUGAGUAUGUUUUAGAUUUAAAAUAUAUACUGAAAGAUAACUACACUGAACAAAAAUAUAAACACAACAUGUAAAGUGUUGGUCCCAUGUGCUGAAAUAAAAAUUUUGUGCAAACAUUUGUUUACAUUCCUGUUAGUGAACAUUUCUCCUUUGCCAAGAUAAUCCAUCCACCUGACAGGUGUGGCAUAUCAAGAAGUUGAUUAAACACCAUUAUCAUUACACAGGCUGGGGACAAUAAAAGGCCACUCUAAAAUGUGCAGUUUUGUCAAACAACACAAUGCCACAAAUGUCUCAUGUUUUGAGGGAGCGUGCAAUUGGCAUGCUGACUGCAGGAAUGUCCACCAGAGCUGUUGCCAGAGAAUUGAAUGUUAAUUUCUCUACCAUAAGCCGCUUCCAACGUCGUUGUAGAUCAUUUGGCAGUACGUCCAACAGGCCUCACAACUGCAGACCACGUGUAUGGUGGUGUUGUAUGGUGGGAUUAUGGUAUGGGCUGGCAUAAGAUACGGAUAACGAACACAAUUUUAUCAAUGGCAAUUUGAAUGCACAAAAAUACCAUGAUGACAUCCUGAGGCCCAUUGUGAGGCCCAUUUUUUUAAAGGUAUCAGUGACCAACAGAUGCAUAUCUGUAUUCCCAGUCAUGUGAAAUCCUUAAAUUAGGGCCUAAUACAUUUAUUUCAAUUGACUGAUUUCCUUAUAUGAACUGUAACUCAGUAAAAUCAAUGAAAUUGUUGCAUGUUGCGUUUAUAUUUUUGUUCAGUAUAAUAAUAGUAACUAAAGGAUUUGUUUAUCUUUUGUUUCUAAAGCCUAGUUACAGACUGCUACGACUGGGGCAGCCGCAACAGCAGUUUCACUGUACAAACGGGGACGGACGAACAACGGUUGGCACCAGUGACGGGAGAGCUCCAUCCGUACUGA